AUGGUCGUCUCCACAAGAAGCAAAGCAAAACAGUCUCACUUGGAGGAUUUUGAGAAUGUGGAUUCGAAAACGAACCCGGAACCAAAGGGCGCAUCAGGUCCAAAAUCCAUGAACAAGAAGCUGGAUACCUCGAGACUCAAAGCCACCGACACUCUGCGGCCAACCACAAUAACAGAGAUAAAGAAAGACCCCCAGCCUCGCAUUCGCAAACGCAAACGCAAACUGCUAGAAGCCCAAGCACAGCCUCAACCAUCACCACCAGUGAAGAAACAAAGACAAAGCCGACUCACCAAACCAGACAAGACGACAAGCAAAGUAGUCUCUCCAUCUGCCUCUGCAUCCGCAAAGCCCAAGCCGAUCCUCAUCAACCGCUCUCCUGUCCUCCAACUCUGGUCUGCGUGCGUCGCCCAGAAACUGCAUCCGGACCUCUCAUGGCCGACGAGUAUCGCUGUCGGUUCUGCCAUCGCAACGUUCUGCGCCAUCUCUAAGGGUCGUGCGAUCGGCACGAUCGAACCCUCCUCGACCACCAAAGAGGAGAAAGCCGAGCGGAGGCGUCAGGACCAAGUGAAGUCCGAGCGGGAAGUAACCGUCAUGGGCUUCAAGAUCCUGCUGCCCAAGGAGGACGGUGUAGUGCUGGCACUGGGAAAGCGAAAGCCAGGGAACGAGGGCGCCUUGAAGGCGAAGUUCGGAGACGAGGAGAAUUAUGCGCGCCUGAAGAACACAAUGGAGGCGGCGAUUGAAAAGUGGAGCGGGAGAGAGGAUGAGCUGGGUAAGAAGGCAUUUGGGAUGUAUGAGAAGUUUCGGCCAAGUGUGCAGAGUGGACAAGGGGGUUGGGGGAGGAAAGGGGAAUUGAAACUGGAGACGAUCGAGGAAGUGGUAAAGGGAGAGUAA